ACCAGCUACUGCGGGUAAUUCAAAAAGAAGAAAGACGAAUGUGCCUUAUAAAAAAAUGCAUUACUUUCCUAUAACUCCGAGGCUGCAGAGGUUGUACGCUUCUAGGGCAACAGCUAAACAUAUGAGGUGGCACGCCGAGCACGAGAUGGAGAAUGGUGUGAUGAAUCAUCCGUCUGACUCGCCAGCUUGGAAACACUUUUCAGAGUUACACCAAGAUUUUGCAGCCGAAGUUAGAAAUAUCAGAUUGGGGUUGUGUACAGAUGGGUUUCAACCAUUUGGUGCCUUUGGGCAACAAUACUCGUCAUGGUCGGUAAUUGUGACUCCGUAUAACUUACCUCCUGGCAUGGCCAUGAAAGACGAGUUCAUGUUUCUAACGGUUCUUAUUCCCGGACCCAAUAGUCCAAAAGGCAGUUUGGAUAUUUUCCUGCAACCGCUAAUAGCAGAACUGAACCAUUUGUGGGAAUUUGGGACUCGGACAUACGACAUUCAUAGGCGACAAAAUUUUCAAUUGAAAGCCGCUCUUAUGUGGACGAUCAAUGAUUUUCCGGCUUAUUCAAUGUUGUCUGGAUGGAGCACAUCGGGUAAACGGGCAUGUCCUCACUGUAUGGAAGAAACUGAUGCAAUUACUCUUCCGAAGAGUGGUAAACAAUCGUGGUUUGAUUGCCACAGAAAGUUCUUACCACCUGAACAUUCGUACCGUAAUAACACUACGGAUUUUAAAAAGGGCUACAAAGAAAGAAAAUCAUUCAGGGGAUACAGAACUGGAGAGGAAAUUGAACAAGAGAUUGACAGCCUUGGUUUUAAAAAGGCAUACGAGGUUGGAGCUCAGGAUACGAAUGCUCAGACAUCAAAGAAUCAUGGGUGGCAUAAGAAAAGCAUAUUUUGGGAUUUGCCGUAUUGGAAAACGAAUAUGCUUCGUCAUAAUCUGGAUGUCAUGCAUACUGAGAAAAAUGUAUUCGACAACAUUUUCAAUACAGUGCUUAAUGUUCCCGGGAAGACCAAAGACCAUGCUAAGUCCAGAGACGAGUUGAAUGGUAUUUGUAAUCGUCCGGACUUGGCAUUUAAUCCAUCAACCGGGCAAUAUCCGAAGGCAAUAUAUGCUUUAGAUAGAAACGCAAAACAAGUUCUACUGGAAUGGGUUAAAGAGUUGAAGUUCCCGGAUGGGCAUGUGUCGAACUUGGGUAGGUGUGUCGAUUUGAAAAAGCUGAAAAUGAUCGGUAUGAAAAGCCACGACUGUCAUGUUUUCAUGCAGCGUCUCUUGCCAAUUGCUUUUCGAGAAUUUCUUCAUCCGUCCGUGUGGGAACCUAUUACGGAGUUGAGCAUCUUCUUUAAAGACCUGACUUGCACAACGCUUAAAGAGGACGACCUAAUUGAAAUGGAGAAAGACAUUGCAAAAAUAUUGUGCAAGUUGGAACGUAUAUUUCCGCCCAGCUUUUUUGAUUCAAUGGAACAUCUUCCUAUACACCUACCCUACGAAGCAAAGCUGGCAGGCCCUGUGCAAUAUCGGUGGAUGUAUCCCUUUGAAAGAUAUCUGAGAAAAUUGAAGCGGAAAGUGACCAACAAAGCUAAGGUGGAAGGUAGCAUUGCCACCGGAUAUUUGUACGAAGAAAUAGCCAAAUUUGCAUCAUUUUACUUUAAUGACGGUGAUCCGACGCUGCCUGAUCGGCUGCAAAGAAACGAGACACGUGAUGAUGUCGUGGAUGAUGAUGUAGAUCGGCUAUCAAUUUUCAAACCGAGUGGCCGACCUAUAGGUGCUUCUAAAAAGCAAAGUUUGGAGGAGGACGAAUACACCGCCGCCCAUAGUUACAUUCUCUUGAACUGUCCUGAAAUCGAGCAUUACAAGGAGUAAGUCGUACUCUACUUUUAAAUUUAUUUGUCAAAUACAUGACUUUACUGUAGU